AUGACGGUGGAGAAUGCUCUGAAAGUGCUGGGCGUGUCGGAGGGCGCGUCCUUCGAUGAUAUUCUCCGAGCUAAGAAUUCAACCAUCGCCGCUUGUAAAGAUGACCAGCAAGCGAUUUCUCGGGUAGAAGCUGCAUAUGAUAUGCUCUUAAUGCAGAGCUUAUCCCAACGUAGGUCAGGGAAAGUUGUGAAUAGUAGCAUACGUUAUGCUGAUGUUAAACCUGUAAAUCCUCCAAAAAUUGGAACAAUGCCCAAAUGGCUCAAGAACUCGCCUGUCUUAGUUGAGACACCAUCCACUAGCGAGAUAGGAGUGCAUGCUGGGGUUUAUGGUGCUCUAAUGGUGCUAACGUAUGUAAAUGGAGCUUCAUCGUCUUCUGCAGUAUCUUAUACUGGAGCUGAUGUACCUGGGCUCAUUUUAGCCACUGGCUUUGGGGCAUCUUUAUACUUGAUGACCAAGAAAAACGUCAAUUUAGGGAAAGCAACUGUGAUAACGAUUGGAGGGCUCGUGGCUGGUGCAGUGGUUGGCUCAGCAGUGGAAAACUGGCUCCAGGUUGAUAUUGUCCCAUUUAUGGGAGUACACUCUCCGGCUACUGUUGUGAGCGAAUUUAUACUUUUCUCGCAAUUAUUGAUCUCCUUGUACUUGAGAUAG